AUGGGGGCUCCCAACGGCAGCCUCGGCCUCACCGGCUCGCCGCCGCGGCCCGGCGAGCGCGGCUGCGAGAACGGCGCCUUCAUGGGCUCCUUCGGCAUCUUCCUGCAGGGGCUCCUGGGCGUCGUGGCCUUCAGCACCCUCAUGCUAAAACGCUUCAGAGAACCAAAGCAUGAAAGGCGUCCUUGGAGGAUAUGGUUUUUAGACACUUCCAAGCAAGCCAUAGGGAUGUUGUUCAUCCACUUUGCAAAUGUGUAUCUAUCAGACCUUACAGAAGAAGACCCCUGUUCACUGUACCUUAUAAACUUCUUGUUAGAUGCCACGCUCGGAAUGCUGUUAAUCUACGCAGGGAUUCGGGCAGUCAGCAGCCUUGUGGAUUGGCAGCAGUGGGAGUCCCUUCGCUUUGGUGAAUAUGGUGACCCGCUGCAGUGCCGUGCUUGGAUGGGCCAGUGUAUUCUGUACAUCCUGAUCAUGAUGUUUGAGAAAACUGUCAUCAUUAUAGUGCUUCUGAUACCUCAGUGGAAAGAGGUAGCUUUAUUGAAUCCUAUAGAGAAUCCUCAGUUGGAGCUGGCUAUCGUCAUGCUGAUAGUUCCCUUCUUUGUUAAUGCAUUAAUGUUCUGGGUAGUAGAUAACUUUCUUAUGAAGAAAGGGAAGACAAAAGCUAAGAUGGAAGAAAAGGAAGCAGGACAAGAUUCAAGAAAUGGAAGUAAAGUCCGAUACAGAAGAGCAGCAUCACAUGAAGAAUCAGAGUCAGAAAUCCUCAUUUCGGCAGAUGAUGAAAUGGAGGAAUCUGAUGCUGAGGAAGACCUGCGCAGACUGACCAACUUAAAGCCCAUCAAGAAAAAGAAGCAUCGUUUUGGUCUGCCUGCCUGGGCAGAGCCGACCCCUGUGAAGAAGAAGCGUCCUCCAGUGAAGGAGGAAGAUCUCAAAGGAGCCAGAGGAAACCUUUCCAAAAACCAGGAAAUUAAAUCCAAAACCUACCAAGUCAUGAAGCAGUGCGAGCAAAUGGGCUCAGUGGCACCUUCCAUAUUCAGCCGAGAUCGGACCGGGGGUGAAACAGUCUUUGAGAAGCCUAAAGAAGAGCCGGCCAAGAGCGUCUUUGGCUGACAGCUGAGCUGCAUGUGCCCCGCUUGGGUCACUGUUACAACAGUUAUCUAGAUUGCUUUAAACUCACUGCAGAGCUAAGUAGUUAAUUUCUACUCUUAAGCCAUUAAAUAGGGGAAGGACUUGUGUCUAAGGGUACAACUUUUUAUUUUUUAUUAUGUUUUCUAUGUGUUGGAUGGUGUUUGUUGUGAUGGUUUAAUGAAAAGAGAUCAGGCACAGCUUGGCAUGCGGUAGUGACCGAUUUGAGCUUAUGCUUAAGGGAAUUCUGUGGACUUUUUGGCAUUAAAGCUAUGAUCUAGUCUAACUGUCAUAUGCAAAGAAUAAAUAUUYGGAAGAUGUGG